UUGCGCCAUCUUGCAGUGCAAACUUCAAUCAUGCCAUGUGUCAAUUAAGAUUUUGAUAAACAUUACACUGAUUGAUUUCAAUAAAACUUUAAAAAAUGUCGUAUUUAACAGAAGAAGGUGAAAACCAAGAAAAAAUGAAAACGGAAUUGGAACAAAAGGAAAUUCUUCAACAAAAACAUUAUUUUCUUUUAAAUGAAUUGCAGAAUAUGGCAAGAGAACUACCACAAAAAUAUCAGCAAAGACUACCUUAUGAAUUACUUUCUAGUUUAGCCCAUGCAUUAUUAGAUGGAACUGUGUUCCAGAUAGUUCAAGAUUUAAAAGAAAUACAAUAUAUAACAGAGCGUCAGCUGUUUGAAAGGAGAAUGAAGACAAUAAAUAUCAAUAAGACUCUUCGCCAAGAAGUACUUAAGAAGCAUAAAGAAGCUUUAAGUCAGAUUAAUCUUCCUAAUAUUGCAGCUAUUCAAGCAAAACAAGAAAAAGAAAUUGAAGAAUUAGACAAAUGGCAAGAUGAAGACGAAACAAAAACAAAUAUGAAAAUAAUACUUGAACUGGAUCAAACUGUUAGUGAUCAACAAGUAACUUUAGAAAAGGCAGGAGUUCCUGGAUUCUUUGUUACUAACAAUCCAAAUGAAAUCAGACUGCAGAUGUAUUUAUUAGAAUUUAUUAUUCGUAUAGGUAGUUCAGAGGCUUUCAUGUCAAAUAAUUGAAUCCAUCUUUUGUAAAUAUUUUUAAUAGAUUGCUAUUUGUAAAAAUUUUGUAAAUAUAUUUGAA